CAUUUUCCGUCUCCAGAAUCCAGAACGAGAGGCGUAUUGCAUCUACAGGUGGUGCUCGUCGUCGAUGUCGCCGGAUUCACAUUUGUGGAUAUUAGAGAUAAUAUGGGAAAUUCAGUUAGGUCUCUUUUGGAUUUGUUUUGAUGGGGAGAUGUUGGCCGCCAAUACUGGUUUGUGGACCUUUUAGAGCUCGAAGAUACGGGUCUGAGAGUUUUGGUUUUAUAGGAAAUUGAAGUUUAACUUGAUCAUUUGCGGCAUUUGUAACUUUAUCAUCCACCAGCUUGGAAUAUAAAAUUUGCAUGUCUGGAUAUGCGAUGAUGGAUUCUUCACAGUAUGGAUUGGGAAAAUAUAGACCGCAGAAUGGUUGCAACGAAAAACUUAGUGACUAUGGGGCUAGAUGGUACUUUUCGAGGCAGGAAAUUGAAGAGAACUCUCCAUCAAGGAGUGAUGGCAUUGAUGCGAAUAAAGAGGCUUAUCUUAGGAAAUCAUAUUCUACAUUUUUGCAGGAUCUGGGGAUGAGGCUUCAAGUACCGCAGGUGACAAUUGCUACUGCUAUAGUCUUCUGUCAUCGUUUUUUUCUUCGCCAAUCUCAUGCCAAGAAUGACAGGAGGACAAUUGCUACAGUGUGUAUGUUCCUUGCUGGCAAGGUUGAAGAAACUCCUCGCCGCCUGAUGGAUGUUAUUCGAGUUUCAUAUGAGAUAAUUCAUAAGAAAAGCCCUUUAGCUGCCCAGAAAAUGAAGCGUAACUUUCAGGGAGCGUCCGAGCAACAAAAGGAGCUCAUUUUGAUGGCGGAAAAGCUUGUUCUUGCUACCCUCGGUUUCGAUCUGAACGUCCAGCAUCCAUAUAGACCUCUUGUAGAAGCAAUUAAGAAGUUCAAGGUGGCAAAAUGUUCUCUUGCUAAAGUGGCAUGGAAUUUUGUGAAUGAUGGGUUGCGGACAUCACUUUGCUUACAGUUUCAUCCCCAACACAUAGCUGCUGGUGCCAUCUUCCUUGCUGCGAAGUUUAUAAAGGUGAAGCUUCCGGCUGAUGGAGAUAGAACCUGGUGGCAAGAGUUUAAUGUUACUCCUCGGCAGCUUGAAGAUAUUAGCAAUCAAUUGUUGGAGCUUUACGAGCAAAAUCCUGCAGCCCAAUCAUCUCAUGGCAAUGUAGCUGAUGGAAACUCUUUUGCUGGAACCAGUCAUCUUCCUGCAGGGACAACCAGCUCAGCUGUCAGUGAGACUUCAGCUUCUGUAAAUAAUGCCCGACAAGGAGCUCCAGCUGUUCCACCAUUUCUUAUCAGAAUCCGACAAUCUAAUGCUGAUGAUACACGUUUUGGUUCUCAGAUUAUUCAGAUUCAUAAAAAUGGCAAAGCUUGUAGUGCUGAUAGUAGGAGUGGUGUCUGGGACCAUAAUUCAGAUAGAGGAAUCGUUGCAGAAGAUCUGAACUCUUCAAAAUGCGAUAGAGGAAUCGUUGCAGAAGCUGUUUCUGCUGUGGAAAACAUACCAAAAUUCCAAAAUGAUGCAAAAAUUCAGCUGUCUAUGGCAGAUGAAAAGAUGGAGCAGGAGAAGAUGAAGGGCUGGCAGAAGCCCAUCCACAGUCUGGAGAAAUGUCCUUUGCCGGCAAGUAUAAGAAGGAAACCUAACGAGUUUGGAAAUGACAAUGGUGGUGAUCGCUGCAAACUGGAAGAUGGAGAGCUCUCCUCCCUUAAUGAGCAUGAUUAUUCUUCUCAGUUGUCGCAGAGUUAUAAUGCUCAUGUUUCCGGCACGGUGAAGAGAAAGCCAGAUGAGACGUGGUCAGACCAUUCAGGAAGGGACCACAAACGGGUCCGAUAAUUAAAAUCAGUAACAAAAACAGAGUAGAACUUUGGUCAGCUUCGGCAGUUUCUCUAGGCAGACUAUCUUGAUUGCUCAUCAAUUGGUGGGGCUGAUGAUCAACAAAAUCCACUGACGAAGAUGUCGGAGUGUAAGAAGGAAUAUUUAACCCUCAAAAUACCUUGGAAGAUCUGCACACGUGAUGUUUAUCGCGCUUGUACAUUCAUGGUUAUGUGCUGCUGCUCUACUUUUGUCAUUCAAUUCUACAAAUUGAACAACUCACAUCCAUGACAUUCUGAUACUAGAAACUUCUCCUUUUCAACUCAAGGAAAUUGAAGAUUUGAGCUGAUCAGUAGCGGCAUUUGUAACUUUUAUCAUCCACAAGCUUGGAAUAUAAAAAUUGUAUGUCUGCAUAUGUGAUGAUGGAUUCUUCACAGCAUGGACUGGGGAAAUAUAGACACCGCAGGAUAGUUGUAACGAGGAACUUCAUGACCAUGGGGCUAGUUGUUACUUUUCGAGUAGGACAUUGAAGAUAGUUCUUUAUCAAAGAGUGAUGUUAGAACUGCAGAAGGAGACCAUGGAAGAGCUAUUAUCGUUGAGGGCCACUGUAGUUCUCAGGUAGGAAAAAAUAUUACGUGUGGAUGGUAUGCUCAGGACAAACUCGGAGUGUAUUGGGGUGUAAUCGGGGCGUACUCGCCCAAUCGGCAUGUACGGAUUACGCAUGUAGUAUUCUCUCUUGGAGUAUUGACCUGGUGGCCGCCAUUUUAAAUUUAUAUUAGGGACAUGUACAUACGCACCACCCAUUGUCUAUGUAUUUACAUAUCUAACACUUAAACUUCAUUUUUUUAUAUUUA